ACAACAACAACAACAACAACAACAACAACAACAACAACAACAGCAGCAGCAGCAGCAACAGCAGCAACAACAACAGAAAGUUUCAUCACAGCCGCAAGUCUGGCGGCGGCAUACAAAUGGCGUCGGGUCAUAUGGAGCGCAGCAGCGGCCAGAGCAUGAGCAGCUCCGGCACUGGCCAACACGCCCACAAUCGCCAUCACAAUUAUACGAAUGGACAGGGACAGGCACAGACACAGGCACAGGUACAGGUACAGGUACAGGCACAGGUACAGGCACAGGGCUACGGACACGGCGAUUCACUGGGUACCAGCGGCAACAAUGGCCGCACCAGCAAUAUUUCGGCAACUAGCAUUGGCGGCACCACUGGCAGCACUGGCAGCAUGCCGCUCUUCUAUAGACACUGCUCCGAGUAUCAACCGGGGCCGCAUGCCAAUCGGAAUCCCUCAGCAAGCGUUUACAAUGUGCGCUCUUGGUCCGGUUGGGAUCCGCAGCAGCACCAGCAGCAGCUGCAGUUGGUCCAGCAUCAUCAGCUGGCCCAGCAGCAGCAGCUAGCGCAGCAGCACCAUCUCGCGCAGCAGCAACAUCAGCAGCAGCAGCAUCAUCAGCAGCAGCAGCAGCAGCAACCAUUGGGCACGUCCUCGCAUUUCGAUAUGCAACCGCUGCAGACAUCGCGGUCGCAUCAACUGAAUGUGAGCGCACCCAGCUUUACGCCAGCUAGCGCCAGGGCUGUCGGUGGUGGCCUUACACCGGCAACGGGAAUAGCUCGACGCCCGCCGAUACCAUUGAUACCCAGUCAAUCGCAGCCGCAGCUGCAGUCACAGUCCCAAUCACACUCCAGAAGCCAGUCGGAACGGAGCAACGGGCGACGCCAACAGUUGCCGGAUCUAUUUCAAACGGUGCUAAAGCUGAUGCGAGAGCUGAACCGUUCGGUCAGCUAUCCGGAGAUGAUUGGAAUGCUGUCGAUGCGGCUGCAGCGUUUGCCUGUCGAGCUGAAGCGUCAUAUACCGCACACACUACACGGGGCCGUUGCAAAUGGGUAUUUACGCAAGGAUGGCAAUUAUUAUACGCUGCUCUCGGAGCAGGAGCAGAAGGAGAUCAUGAAGCGCAACCAGGAGGCAGCCAAGCGCGCCAAGGAGCUAGAGAAGGAGCCGCUCUCGUGGCGCAUUCGUUAACGCAGACUUUCUUGCCACUCGUAACACUUGGCCGUUGCCAGGGAUUCGAAGUGUAGUUCAUAUCGUUGAUGUUUUUGUUCCCGCGUUACAUGCACACCCCCAUGAAUCCAACGAAUGUCAAAUUGUUCCACAUACAUAUACUACAUACCAAACGCUGGGCUGCUGCCGAAUGACAUUUGGGUAUUCCUCUGAAAUUUAA